GCGAUAAGAUCGACUCCCAGCCAACUAAAGUGCGCUCUGUUCAUUAGAGCCUUACAUUUGGACCAUAAAGCUUAUUAAUUGUUAGAUGGUAGACGAGAAGGAAGAGGGAAGGAGAGAUGGUUUGGUUACAGAGUCGGAAUUUCUUCUGCCGAGUGGUAUGGGGAGGGUGGUUAGAUCAGACACCAUCGUCCUCUCGAGGGAUACGAAGGUGUACCGAAGCAGUUACGUAGUAUCUGAGUGGGGGGGCCAAGAAUGUACAGUCACUUACCUGACCUGCGGCAGCGGCGGCAGCGGCAGCGAGGAUGGGGGCAGGAUACGGGUGUACAAAGCAGCGAACACAUCGAGUAGUGCGUUUUAUGAAUCUGGUGGCCGUUUAUCUUGCCACUCAUUCGUUUCCAAGACGUUUGAUGCGCUGAAGGUUAGUUCCAACCCGGAUUCCAUCCAACGGAUGAAGCAAGACUUGAGGCGGAACCUGCAAGCCCGGGCACACCGCUACCCAAUUGACUUGAUGAGGGUGGUCGAAAAUUUCGUGGAUGAAACCAGUGGCGAAUUCUGCCUCGCCAUCACCCCGUUUCCUGAACAUGGCUCUAUGAGGACCAUCAUGAAGCGGAUGAAUAGUGGCACGGGAGGGUUUCCCGAGGAUCUCAUCCUCUGUGCUUUGAGGACCGUUUUGAGAGGUCUGGCUCCUCUUCACAACCAAGGCAUUUUACACUCAGACAUCAACGCGGGCCGCCUUUACCUUGGCUAUGAUCGCACUCAUGGCACCCCUGUAAUAACCCUCGCCUUCGGAGCAGCAACUAUUGACAUUGUGGACCACAGCAAUACAUCUUCCUUUAAUGCUUUGCCCUUAGCUUCCAUGUCUCACUGGGCUGCUGCACCCGAAGUUUAUGAUUGCCCGUCGUCAGCAGCGGCCGACGUUUGGCUUGUGGGAAUAACUGCUUUGGAAUUGGCGUGUGGGGAAGCGCUCUUUAAAAUUACGAACAGGGAAGCCCUGGAGGCCAUCAUCAAGCACAUCCACCGCACACAUCAACUCCCUUCCCCUACGCCUUCUCACAGCAACUCUAGUAUUUUUCCCACAUCAUCAUCAGAUGCAUUACAUGAUGAUAAUGCCGCAUCACUGUCCUCUUCUGCACCCACAUCUAUUGAUCAUCAAACACACGGGAAGAAAGUGAAUUCGGUGUUGAAGCAUUUUGUUCGUACUCUGUUAUUAUCGGUACCCCGACCUGCUGCUGCACAUUCCCCCGUUCCAUUUUCAAAGAACUUCACGAAGAUGGUCAUUAAGUGCCUGGCUUGGGAUCCCAAAAAGAGGCCAACUGUUGCUGCGCUUCUCUCCCAAAAAUUCUUCAAAACUGAAUUUCCCCAAGAUGAUUCCACAUAUUUCUACGAUCAUGUGAAGAACUACCUCACCUAAGGUGAGCUGUCGGCAUCCGAAAAUAAAGACUUACUACUACUCCCUCCGUCCCAAUUUGAUCCCAAUUUGAUGAUCCCGUAUUUCCUUUCUGGAUCGUCCCAAAUUGAUAGUCUCAUUUCCCUUUUUGGAAAGAAAUAUGUGGUCCACAUCAUUUCACCUUUUAAACUCAAAUCUCAACCACAACUUUUACCUUUUCAACCACUUUCUUAAUAUUUGAGCUCAAAAGAAAUAAGAUCAUCAAAUUGGGACGGAGGGAGUACAUGUUUACUUUAUGGGUUAGUAAACGCUGUUUAUUAAAACAGGUUUCACUAACCCGUUGUUCAAUAAGCGGUGUUUAUUAAAUGUAUGCUUUUUUCACGAGAAUGAUACAUUUAUUAAAAUCUGAUUAAACUUUAAAAUGUUUCUUAGGAUUUUACCUAUCCUCACUACCCAUUCCCACCCACCCG